AUGGCUGAAUGGAAUCGGGUCGCGGCCCGCGGGUGUGUGGCCGCCGCGCCUCCACCGGCCAGUUUGCUUUUAGCAGUGAAAGUUGAAGAAAUGCCCGUCAAAGAUGGUCAAAAGAAGUCGCUGGUCGGGGUCAUAGAUGAUGGAACCAGGACUCUUAGAUUUGUGCUAUACGAAGCUGAGAGCUCAGAGGAACUGGCGUCGCAUCAAUUAAACAAAGUAGAAGUACAGCCGCAAGAGGGAUGGAACGAACAAAAUCCAUGCGAAAUAUUAGAACACAUUAAAGUAUGCUCUGAGAACGCCAUCGCUCAGUUAAAUGAUUUAGGUUACUCGAAAGAAGAUAUAGUGACAUUGGGUAUAACAAAUCAAAGAGAGACCACUAUAGCGUGGGAUAAGUUCACAGGCGAGCCACUCCAUCCGGCUAUAUCAUGGAAUGACAUACGAACAGAUACAACAGUGGAUGCAAUACUAGCAAAAGUACCGGAUAGAAAUAAGAAUUAUCUGAAGAAUAUUUGUGGAUUACCCAUCAGUCCGUACUUCAGUGCAUUGAAGAUGAGGUGGCUUAAAGAUAACGUGAAGACAGUUAGACGAGCUAGUAGAGAUAAAAGAUUGUUGUUCGGUACUGUUGAUAGUUGGAUUAUAUGGAAUUUAACCGGCGGCCCACAAGGCGGUAUUCAUAUAACUGAUGUCACGAACGCUUCAAGAACACUGCUCAUGAAUUUGGAAACUUUGAAUUGGGAUCCAAUAUUAUGUAGGUUAUUCGGUAUACACAGAGAUUCAUUGCCACAAAUACGUAGUAGCGCUGAAGUUUACGGCGUCGUAAAUAACGGUUCGAUAUUGGAUGGUAUACAAAUAUCUGGGAUCUUGGGCAAUCAACAAGCAGCGUUAGUAGGGCAGAGUUGUCUAAUGGCUGGUCAGGCGAAAAAUACAUAUAGAGGGGGAUGUUUCCUAUUAUACAAUACUGGAGGGAAAAGAGUUAAUUCCUCACAUGGAUUGUUAACGACUGUGGCGUACAAGUUGGGACCGAACGCACCAGCUAUAUACGCACUAGAAGGAUCUAUAGCGGUAGCGGGGGGCGCUAUGAAGUUUCUUCGGGAUAAUCUAAAGUUAAUCAAAGAUGUAGUACAAGAUACUGAGCAUAUAGCGGGCCAGGUAUUUUCUACUGGGGAUGUAUAUUUCGUACCCGCCUUCAAUGGAUUGUAUGCGCCAUAUUGGAGAAAGGAUGCUAGAGGUAUUAUCUGUGGUUUGACAGCAUUCACUACUAAGAAUCAUAUAAUAAGAGCUGCUUUGGAGGCUGUCUGUUUUCAAACAAGAGAUAUCUUGGAGGCUAUGAAUAAAGACUGUGGUAUGCCGCUGUCAAAGUUACAUGUGGAUGGAAAAAUGACUUCAAAUGACUUAUUGAUGCAACUACAAGCGGAUCUCAUUGGCAUACCUGUUUUACGUUCCCACACGUGGGACAUGUCAGCAUUAGGCGUAGCGGUGGCUGCGGGCUCAGCGGCCGGCGUGUGGAGCGUCGACAAGUGGAGGGGACAUCCGACACCGGCCGACACGUUCCUCCCUACCACUACUGAUGACGUGAUAUCUUCGGAUAAUAACGAUGGAAUGACGGGUCUACUCCCACUGUUUGAAGACGAUCGCGAUGCCAGAUAUACGAAAUGGAAAAUGGCUGUACAAAGAUCACUCGGCUGGGCUACAACGAAGAAAUCAUUCGCAAUGACAGAAGAAAGAUACAAGCUAUUGGCAUCGAUUCCGGCUACUUUAUAUCUAAUUGGUAGUUUUACAAUGCUAGUUGUAUCAAAUGUGCUUAAAAACAGAUGA